UUUUUUUCUUACAUGCUACAAUACGGCACGGCUUUAACUGCAAUGUGUACCCGCCAUAUUGUGUUGCGAGUGCGUUAUGCGAGCCGUGCUCUUUUCAAGACGAUACGAUUGACCUGGAUGAUUGUGGAGUGCUGGAUGUCGACCCGUCCUCGCAUGUAAUGCCUAUCAAAGACGACGCGUCACUUUCGAGGAGGGCGGCGAUGUCAUAGAAGUUGUGCGGUUGUACUGCGUGCCCGCCAUGGUAUUCGCAAUGGGCACCACGAAAGAAGACGAAGCCGAAGGCAGUCUGACAUCGGAUGGCACUGCCACUGUCGCUCCUCUCUCGUCCGACACGUCGUCUAAGCUGUCGUCGAAGGAUGCGGCCGCGCCGGUAGCGUACUUCGGUGUAGCCCUGGGUGCCGGGAUGACUCUCUGCGAUGACGAUGAGUUGCCCUUGGUUUUUGUCGACCGUACCCUGGCAUUACGCUGUGUCAAGAAGUACCGGGGAGCUCGGUUUAAAGCAUUUAGCUCCAGGGAGGAAGCUGCGGCAUUUAGCGUUCAGCCAGCAGUGACAGCCGUGGAAAGCACAGACACACCUGACUCCGCAACAGGGGCACUUGUUGGAGAGAAGAGCAGCAACUUCAGAGCUCCGAAAAGCCAAGACUUGGUUCAGCUCCGCAAGGCCAUUGAGGCUGGAGAUGCCAACUUCUUCAGACAGAAUGUCUGGUCCAAUCCUCGCUACCUCGUCGGCAGUGGCGACACUCCGACCAUUUUGCAGGAAGGGUACCGGUACAAUGCGCUGCACGUUGCCUGUGCCAAGAAGCAGCCCGCACUGGUGCAGUUGCUGCUGGACACUCUGCAGGAUGCACAUUUUCUUGAGCUGCUCUACCCCGAUGACAGCAUCGAUGUGAGGAAUCGGCGCAAGGUGUUUCUCCUUGACUUGUACCUGAACACUCCAGACAAAGGGCGUUGUGAGACACCGCUUCACUUUGCCAGCAAGUUCGGCUGCUAUGAAGCGGUCGAGCUCCUUGUAGCACUGCCGGAGUGUGAUCGAAACAGGCGCAAUAAGGAAGGACAAACACCGCGCCAGAUCAUUUGUGACCGGCUGCCAUCUGCAACUGCAGACUUGAAAAAGAGGAUGGACUUGUUGUUUGAAGAACGCCUGUUUGUGCCGGUGCUGCGGUCAGAGGACAACUCAAUGGCACCGACAGUCGGAGAGCCAUUCUCGCCCAAUGCGUCUCCUAUGCACGGUAGCCCUGUGACAAGCCCACGUGACACCUCACUAAGCAUCAUGGCCACUGCAGGACCAAUGUCUCCCACUGAGGCCCGUUGCAUGUACCGCCAAUGGAAGACUCCGAAGCGGCGCAGCAUAGGGAUCAAAGAACCACUGUCACCCAUGGACAACAUGCGAUUUGCCGACUUAGAGAAGGGACUGGAGUAUAUAGGCCGUGGCCUUGCCAAGGAGAUGAGGGUUCCAUGGAAUGAGUACUGGCCUUUCCUUGGCUGCUGGUGUAACUUGGCCUCUCCAGAGGGCUUAGAAAAACUUGAGGGCCAUCUACGGAGCAAACGUUCACAGGUGCUGUGUGAAAGAUGGUCCCUAGAGACUUCACCAGCAGCAUCUGAUGAACACUCGCUGUUCAGUCCCAUCAGUCAGCUUUGUGAAGCGUUGGGCGAUCUCAAAUUAGGCCCUGCAUUUGACAAGAGCUGGAGGAGUAGGCAAGAAAGCCAAAACCACCUCCACUGUGCCAAGCUGCCGAGGACACCCAACGGAAGGACGCUUUCAUCAGCAGAGUCUGGCUGCAGCCCUUCUCUCUGUGGGGCGCCGCAGAAGGGUGUUCCCCUGGCAGCUCAGCGCUUGGCAAGGGUACUGUUUGACUGGGCAGUGGCUCAUGACACUGGCCCAGAGCCAGAAGCUGAUCUCACCUUGCAGCUGAGUGAACAGGUACUGCCGGAGCUGGCCCACCUGGAGCGCACUAGCGCCUCGGAGCUGUGGCGGCUGCACCCUUGGCUGAGCCGGGAGGUGCACUUGCUCCUGCGCGACAGCCUAGAGGCCUCCGAGCGGCAGAGCCUGUGCCGCGCCCUGCGCAUGCAGUUGCCACCUGUAUUCACCAACCGAGCAGCUCCCGCGUCUCCACCCUCUACCGACGAUGAAGAUGAUGGCGGCAGUGUCAGCGACAUGACACGACGUUACCGACAGCCAUCAAGCCGUCGGAGAGGUAGAACUCUGAAGCGGCAUCUACAGUGUGUCCUGCGUUCUCUGUGUGCCUUGUUGUCGGCUGACUCAGCCGAUGCAGAACCUUUCUACUGCUUGUGCUCCCAAGGAACGGCAGGAAGCCUGGAAACAGCAUUUCUCAGAGAUUGCAAAGCUCAGCCUGUGGAGGAAGAGGAAGAGGAGGAAGAAGUUUUCUUCACCCCUCCCACCAGUCCGUGCUCCUCAAGUGGAUCGUCUUCUCAGGCGCACACCCCGGAUGAGGGUCCGCUCUUCUUCAUACAGGGGUCCCAUCCAAGCAAAGUGGACUUGGAUGUGCUGAGGGCCCUGGAGCCACACCUGCUGGAGCCUGAUGCCUUCGACCCUCUCGCUUAUCCCUGCGUGCACCAGUGGAUGCAGGUUAUUCGCUCAUACCCAGUGGAAGCCACUUCAAGAUGGCCAAGUCCUUCAGUAACGAACCUAAGGCACACCUCACGCACAGUAUUCUCACCUGACUCUCCACGUUCGAAUGGAGACGGCAGGCCCGACGGGUGCCGCACGCCCCAGAGGGAAUUAUCAAGCACUCAAAUGCGUCCAAAAGUGCUUUGGAGUGCCAGUCCAGGACACCUGUGACACACUGCGUACCUGCUGCUGCUUUUACUAGAAGAGCCCAGUGCCAACCUUAUGUUCGUGUCUGCAACUGCAUUUGAUCAAAGUGAAGCCAGUGGCACAGUCAGCCUUCUGGGGUGUUGUGUAGUGCAUGCACACCUGGUGAUUAACGCGAUGCCUCAAGACUAUUGACCACCUCAAGAAUGGGGGAUAGUUUUAGAUGUUUUAGAAGCUUUAGAGGACUUGUAAUUUAUUUAUGCAGUUUUAAAAAAGAGUAAACUUGUUUUUCAACUUGCCUUCUGCAUAACCUUGAUAAUUCUGACUGGCCAAGUGCCAAAUGUAAGCCUGUUGGUGCCUGCAUCUUGCUGUGAUCACUGUGUACGCUUGUUUGUAAGAGCAAAUAUCAUGCUGUGUUCAAAAUGGCAGAGCAUUAUCUGCUUAGCAUGUUGACUCAACAUACCUGGAUAUCGUGAAGGUCAUGGCGGUGCUGCUUCCUUACACUGGAUGGAAGCUGUAAGGAGGAGCCUAGUGGUGCUUCAACAGAUUGCCAGAAAUAGCUUGGGCAGAAAAUUUGAGCCGAGCUGGAAAAAUUAAAUCCUCAACUCAGUUGAGGGAAUGCUAUGAAUAGUGGUCGGUGAUUACUGUACAUUGCCCCAUUGCAUUUACCUUUUUUUUUUUUUUUCCCCUCUAAUGAGUGUUUCGAAAUGGGGCGACUGACUAACCUAUAUGCAGUCUGCCUGUUGCAUACAUAUCGAACUGGCUUUGCAUUAGGCUGCAGUUUAAGUUUCAGUUCAGUUGGUCUGGAAGUCAAUUUUCAAUUUCGAUUGACAGGGUUGCAACUUUCUUCAAAAGCUGUGCGUAACAAAACAAUUGUGGUUUCAACUUUAGAGUGCCUAGAAGCGAAAUUAAAACUGAUCUUGCAAAGCAGAGGUUAUAAUACUGCCAGCACACAUGAUCAGCAAGAAAGUACAAGCAUAUGUGAGGCAACUUCCUGUUACUAUGGCAGCUUGGAAGUGAACUUUAGGCCCAUGCCUUCUUGAAAGCACUCAACAAUGCUUUCACUGCACUGUGGCAAAUGUGUUCUGUCCAUAAAAAUUAAGGAAUUGCCAGUAUACCUGAAGACUGAUAUAGCUCUGAUACAUACUGCUAUACAGAUUUUAGGUCAUGCACCAUGUACAGUAUGAUUUUUUUUCCUUGUGUGCAGUAAACAUUCAUUUGAGUGAGUG